AUAUGAUCUAUACAUCCAUGAGGACAAGCAGCUAAGCUAGCCACUUGCAAUCUGCGAGGAUCAUACAUUACAUAUCGUUUGCUUGCAGCCGGAAAUGGCGGCAACGAGGGCGGAGGGCGAGCCGCCGCCGUUCACCCAUGAGGACAAUCGCCGCUUCCUCCAGAUGCUCCGCGACAAGAAGCAAAUGCUGGGAGUCGCCAGCCUCAAGGCCGUGGAGGUGCAGUUCCAGGACCUCACCGUGGAGAUCCACGAGCGCAUCGGCCGCCGGGAGCCGCCGACGCUGCCCAACUGCGUCGUCAACGCCGCCCAGGAGUUGGCAUCAUAUUCGCACAUGUGUACUACAAGGAAAAGAGCAAUCAAAAUUAUAAAUGGAGCAAGCGGAACAAUUCGACCGUCAAGGAUGACACUUCUACUGGGAGCACCUGGUUCCGGGAAAACAACCUUUUUAAAAGCAUUGGCAGGAAAGCUGGAUUUGUCUUUGAAGCGCAAAGGAAAGCUCAUGUACAAUGGAGUUGAAGUCAAUUCCUCAACACCACAACACUUGCAUGCUUACAUUAGCCAGUAUGAUCUUCAUCAUGCUGAGAUGACUGUCAGAGAGACGAUUGAUUUUGCAUCCAAUAUGUUGGGAACCAAUAACGAAUUCGAGAUGAUCGGAGAAGCCGCAAGAAGAAAACAUGAUGUUGUAAACGAAGUUGACAAAAAUCUUGACUCAUUUAUUAAGGCUACCACAUUUGGAGAAGGAAGAAACCUUACAACAAACUACAUUAUCAAGAUACUUGGUUUGUCUGAGUGUACAGAUACCCUAGUGGGGGAUGAGAUGAGGAGAGGCAUAUCUGGAGGACAAAAGAAAAGAUUAACAAUCGGAGAAAUGCUAGUUGGUCUAGCAAAAUGCUUCUUUAUGGAUGAUAUUUCAACUGGUCUUGAUAGCUCCACGACGUACGAGAUCAUAAAAGUUAUACAACAAAUGGUUCAUUUACUAGAUCUCACGGUGGUUAUUUCCUUACUUCAACCACCUCCUGAGACAUUGGAAUUAUUUGACGACAUAAUUCUUUUAUGUGAGGGCCAAAUUGUAUACCAGGGUCCUCGAGAAAAUGCUACUGAUUUUUUUGAGAUUAUGGGAUUCAAAUGCCCCGGCAGGAAGAAUAUAGCUGACUUCCUUCAAGAGGUGACCUCCAAGAUGGACCAAAAGCAAUAUUGGAUUGGUGAACAACAUAUGUAUCACUACCAUUCAAUUGAGAAAUUUGUGGUAUCAUUCCAUUCAUCCUAUCUCCCUCGACUUGUACAAGACAACCUUUUACUGCCAAAUAGUAAUAUAGUAAACGGCGAGGUGGUAAAAACUGGUUCAGGUCUCUCCAGAUGGAAUAUUUUCAAGGCAUGUUUUUCAAGAGAAGUACUACUUCUGAAAAGAAACUCCCCGAUACACAUAUUCACAACCAUACAGAUAACUAUCCUUGCUUUGGUGAUAUCGACUAUUUUCCUUCGGACAAAUAUGAACCACAAAUCUAUACUUGAUGCCAACAAGUAUGUUGGAGCUCUCUUUAUUGCUGUUAUGCUAGUAAACUUCAAUGGCAUGAUUGAAAUUGCAAUGACAAUCAAGAGACUUCCCACUUUCUACAAACAAAGAGAGUUACUAGCAUUGCCAGGAUGGGCACUUCUUACUCCAAAUUUCCUUCUUAGUAUCCCAAUAUCACUUAUGCAGACAGGUCUUUGGACCAGCUUAACCUACUAUGUGAUUGGCUAUGCACCUUCCUUUAUUAGAUUCAUGAAGCACUUCUUGGUACUUUUUUCCAUGCAUCAAACAUCAAUGGGCAUGUGUCGUUUGUUAGCAGCAGUGGCAAGGACGCUAGUAAUGGCCAAUGUUCUAGCAACCACAACCCUUAUAGCAAUCUUUAUAUUUGGAGGCAUCGUCAUUUCGAAAGAUGAUCUCAAACAAUGGUUACAAUGGGGAUAUUGGACAUCACCAUUCACCUAUGCGCAGAAUGCAAUCUCCUUAAAUGAGUUCCUUGAUGAAAGAUGGGCUACAGAAUUUCAUUAUGAAAAUGCUAAUACGAUUGGUGAAGCUAUCCUCAAGAUCAGGGGGUUUCUCACAGAGUCUCACUGGUAUUGGAUUUGUGUCGGCAUUUUAUUUGGAUUCGCGCUCGUCUUCAAUGUACUCAGUGUAUUCGCACUGGAGUUCUUGAAUUCGCCACAUAAACGUAAAGUUCACACCAAUGCCACGGAUACAAUGAUGGAGUGUCCAACCAAAAAAAUUGGAUCUCACGAUGCAUCAAUUCCACAAGGUGUCCUUCCAUUUCAGCCUCUUUCCUUUGCAUUCGAUGCUAUCAAUUAUUCUGUCGAUAUGCCUAAGGAGAUGAUGAAGUAUGGAGUAACAGAGAAAAAACUUCAUCUACUACAAGAUGUCAGCGGUGCUUUUAGGCCAGGAGUGCUAACAGCUCUGAUGGGGAUCACUGGUGCUGGAAAGACAACAUUGCUCGAUGUUUUGGCCGGAAGAAAAACCGGAGGGUAUAUUGAAGGUACUAUCAAGGUAGCAGGAUACCCAAAGAAGCAAGAGACAUUUUCAAGGAUCUCAGGCUAUUGUGAACAAAGUGACAUUCACUCCCCUAACCUCACUGUAUAUGAGUCACUUCAGUUUUCUGCAAGACUUCGCUUGCCUUCAGAAGUUACAUCACACCAAAGAGAUAUGUUUAUACAUGAAGUGAUGCACCUAGUUGAGUUAACAGGAUUGAAGAAUGCAAUGGUGGGUCUAGCAGGAGCAACUGGCCUGUCAGCUGAGCAACGAAAACGGCUAACAAUGGCCGUGGAGCUGGUAGCUAGUCCUUCCAUAAUAUUUAUGGAUGAACCAACCACUGGCUUGGAUGCCCGUUCUGCAGCAAUUGUCAUGAGAGCUGUAAGAAAGACAGUAGACACGGGACGAACUAUUGUAUGCACAAUUCAUCAGCCAAGCAUUGAGAUAUUUGAAUCAUUUGAUGAGCUUCUACUUAUGAAAAGAGGUGGUCGGAUCAUAUAUAGUGGUUCACUAGGUCCACAUUCUUGCAACAUGAUAAAGUAUUUCGAGGCUAUACCUGGUGUUCCUAGAAUAAAAGAGGGACAAAACCCAGCAGCAUGGAUGUUGAAUGUUAGUUCACACACAACAGAAUACGAGAUUGGACUGGACUAUGCAGAAAUUUAUCGACGCUCCUCUCUAUACAAGGAGAACAUGAUUCUAGUUGACGAGCUUGGAAAACCAACACCUGGCACAGAGGAUCUACAUUUUCCUCCAAUAUACUGGCAGAACUUUAGGGCACAAUGCAUGGCUUGCUUGUGGAAACAAAGAUGUGCAUAUUGGAAAAACCCGGAGCAUAAUGUUGCUAGAUUCCUAAACACGUUUGUUCAAUCAACUAUGUUUGGAGUUGUAUUUUGGCAAACUGGAUCAACGAUUAAACAGCAACAAGAUAUAUUCAACAUACUAGGACUCAUAUAUGGAACAUCACUAUUUCUGGGCUUCAAUAAUUGCACUAUGUUACAACCAGUUGUGGCCGUGGAGAGGGUUGUUCUCUAUCGAGAAAAGGCGGCAGGCACAUACUCCACCUUGGCCUAUGCCAUAGCUCAGGUGGCAGUUGAAUUGCCUUACAUGCUUGUCCAAGUGUUCAUGUUCGCGGUAAUCAUUUACCCAAUGAUUGGAUUCCAAAUGACCGCUGGCAAGUUCUUUGAGUUUAUCCUUUACAUGGUGCUAAGUUACAUGUACUACACACUCUUCGGGAUGAUGACGGUAGCAUUGACACCAAACGUUGAGAUAGCUUCUGGAUUAGUCUACCUUAUCUUCCUCUUUUGGAAUGUCUUCUCCGGCUUCGUCGUUGGAAGAUUGCUAAUCCCGGUGUGGUGGAGGUGGGCGUAUUGGGCAAACCCAUCAGCAUGGACGGUGUAUGCGCUCAUGUUCUCGCAGCUGGGUGAUCGUACGGAGCUAAUUCUUGUGCCCGGGCUGCCAGACCAGACAGUGAAGGAGUUCCUCGAGAGCUACCUUGGCCUCGAGGACGUCUACAUGAACCUUGUCACCUACCUGCAUGUGGCCAUUAUCGCCUUGUUCGCCAUUGUCUUAUUUAUCUCCUUGAAGUACCUCAAUUUCCUGCGGAGAUAGAACAAACAUAAUGAAUGAUGUCAUCUGAAUUACAAGUACACUAAGUGAUAAACCACUUUACUGUAUAAAGCUAAGAGAAGAGAAGCGCCCAAUUAAUUAUAAUAAACACAUGAGCACAAUGAUGUUGGUUCAAGAGGAAAUGUUGAAGUAAUCACCAUAUUUGAGUGAGAUGUUGUAUAUGUACUCUCUCCGUUCUAAAUAUAUUGUAAUUCUAGUAUUGUCUUAAGUCAAACUUCUUUUAAUGUUGACCAAGUAUAUAAGAAAAUAUCAUUUGUAACAACAAAUUAGUUCAAUUAGAUUGAUCAUAAAUAUAUAUAUCUACUAUGAAUAUUUGAUAUUGAAGACAUUAGCA